GUCUCAUUGGAAAUGGGAAAGAUUUUUGUUGAGGGUGUUGGGGAAGUGCAGGAGUAUGUUGAUGUCUGCGACUAUGCUGUUGGUUUGUCCCGAAUGAUUGGUGGACCCAUUUUGCCUUCGGAAAGACCUGGCCAUGCCCUCAUAGAGCAGUGGAAUCCCGUUGGGUUAGUAGGAAUUAUCACAGCCUUUAACUUCCCUGUGGCAGUUUAUGGGUGGAACAGUGCAGUCGCGAUGAUCUGUGGAAAUGCUUGCCUCUGGAAGGGUGCUCCUACAACAUCCCUUGUUAGUGUUGCUGUUACAAAGAUAAUUGCCAAAGUCUUGGAGGAUAACAAGUUGCCUGGAGCAAUCUGUUCUCUGGUCUGUGGUGGAGCAGACAUUGGGACAGCAAUGGCAAAAGAUGAGAGAAUGGACCUGUUGUCCUUCACUGGCAGCACAAAAGUGGGCAAACAAGUAGCACUUAUGGUCCAGGAGAGAUUUGGUCGAAGUCUGCUGGAACUUGGAGGAAACAAUGCCAUUAUUGUGUUUGAAGAUGCAGAUCUGAAGCUAGUCAUCCCAUCUGCUCUAUUUGCCGCUGUGGGAACAGCAGGUCAGAGGUGCACAACUGCUAGAAGACUGUUUCUCCAUGAAAGCAUCCAUGAUGAGGUGGUGGCAAAGCUUGCUAAGGCCUAUGCCCAGGUCCGCAUCGGUGAUCCAUGGGAAUCUGACACUCUGUAUGGACCUCUUCAUACAAAAGAAGCAGUGAAAAUGUUCCUUGACGCGGUAGAACAAGCAAAACAACAGGGUGGCUCUGUGGUCUGUGGUGGAAAGGUUAUAAAUCGCCCUGGAAACUACGUUGAACCAACCAUUGUGACUGGCCUUCCUCAUAAUGCACCCAUUGUCCACACUGAGACAUUUGCUCCCAUACUGUAUGUGUUGAAGUUUAAGGAGGAAGAGGAAGUUUUUGCCUGGAAUAAUGAAGUAAAACAAGGUCUUUCCAGCAGUAUCUUUACCAAGGAUUUGGGAAGGAUUUUCCGCUGGCUUGGGCCAAAGGGAUCUGACUGUGGCAUUGUGAAUGUUAACAUCCCAACCAGUGGAGCUGAGAUUGGAGGUGCCUUUGGUGGUGAAAAGCACACUGGUGGGGGAAGAGAAUCUGGAAGUGAUUCAUGGAAACUUUAUAUGAGACGGUCUACUUGUACAAUCAACUACAGCAAGGAUUUGCCUUUGGCUCAAGGAAUCAAGUUUCAGUAACAGGCUUAUGAACGGCCGUGCUAUGAACUCUCCUAGCAUUUUGGAAUCAAGCACCUUCUAAGCCUCUUGGGGAUAAAAAUUUAUUACCUGAAACUUACCUGCAGCAAAGAUACCAAUUCUGUUAGAUAAUCCGCUGUUCUAAAAUUGCUUCACUUUCAAUGUAUGAAAUUAAUGCUUCAGUCUUCAAAUCAGAAGUGUGUAGUCUUUGGGAAGAAGGG